UCUUGUGUUGCAGGUUGAAGCUUGCAUUACAGUCACUGCUACGGACGUGUGAGGUUUGCUGUUGCAUAGCUAUGUCUUAACUGAAGACGUCUUCAUUUUGAUGUCCCCUUCUGAAGGUGCUACGCAGAAGGGAUAUUCUAGAAAAGUGAAGUUGGAAGAUCUGUGUGAUCAAGAGAAGCAUAAACAUGUUGUGCUGGGGAAAUGCGUCUUUUGGACAGCUCGGAUUGGGUGGAAUUGAUGAAGAGAUUGUUUUAGAACCCAGAAAAAGUGACUUUUUCUUAAACAAAAGGGUUAGAGAUGUAGGAUGUGGACUGAGACAUACUGUUUUUGUCCUGGAUGAUGGGACUGUUUAUACAUGUGGAUGCAAUGAUCUAGGACAACUAGGGCAUGAAAAAGCCAGGAAAAGACCCGAGCAUGUUGGUGCACUGGAUGCCCAAAAUAUUGUAGCUGUAUCAUGUGGAGAAGCCCACACUCUUGCAUUAAAUGACAAGGGUCAGGUAUAUGCUUGGGGUCUGGCUACUGAUGGACAGCUUGGCUUGCCGGGAACAGAGGAAUGCAUCAGAGUGCCCAGGUUAAAAAUAAUUAUUAUAUAAUAAGCUGCUUUUUUGGAAAAAAUGUGCUUAAAUCACAUUGGUUAAGCUAUUCUGCUGUUAUA